AUGGACCUCCUUUCGACAGUCCGCAAAACCGGCUCCCGUGGCGGCGUCAACUUCAGCUGGGACGAUGUCGCCAACAGCCAGUACCGCGAAAACUACCUAGGCCACAGCAUCAAAGCGCCCGUCGGGCGCUGGGCUAGAGGCCGUGAUCUCUUCUGGUACACGAAAGCAGACCCGCCGCCCGCAAGCGCAGCCGAGACGGAGGAAGAAAAAGCCGCGCGAGAGAGGGCAGAGGAGAUUCGCAGAUUAAAAGAAGCUGAGGAGGAGGCGAUGGCUAGGGCGCUAGGUCUACCGAUUCCGGCGAAGAAGGUUACGGGGGCAAAUGCAGUUGAGAUCGCGCCGAGGAGAGAGAAAGGGAAGGGUGAGGAGGAGGGCGAUGGGAAGAAAACUGAGAAGAAUGUGAACGUUAAAGAGGAGAGGGGGGAGCGGCAUAAAGACUCGGAGCAUAGGCAUAGGAGACGACAUAGGAGCAGGAGCAGGGAUAGGGACAGGUCAAGGGAAAGAGAACGUGGGCGCGAUCGUGACCGUGAGCGGGAGAGAGAUAGUGGUCGGGAGCGCAGUCGCAGCCGGCACAGGAGACGGGACGGUUCAGUGAGUGAUAUCGACAGGGAUCGUCGCCACCGGCGGAGAAGCCGCAGCCCUGAGCGUGACAGGCAUCGAGGCGAGAAGCGCCGCGAGGACAGACUCGACGACGUUCGCGAUCGGUAUCACACUAGAAAGGAUAGGGAAACCAAACGGUACAGCAGGAGCAGGAGCAGGAGCAGGAGCAGGAGUAGGGACAGGCUACGGUCCGAGAGGUUCGAUCGGAGGAGGAGCAGGAGUCGGAGUCACAGCAAGACGAGGUAUCGUGAUAGGGAUUAG